UCAGUGGGAGUCCCCUUCACUGGGUCCCUUUGCAGUAGUGUGGACUGGAGAGUUGUAGACAGAGCCGAGCAGAAGCGUGAACAAACAGAAGUAGUGCCAUAAAGUGAACAUUUGACACUAUCGCGAAGCUUUUCACUUUUACCGCGUGGAUCCGUCUUGUACUGUCAUCAGAGAGGGACGCCGACAGCUUACAACGCGCGCUCGUCAGCUGGCAUGAGCUAACCCACCAGACAUGGAAACCAAACCUUUCUUGUCAUUGGGGUUCCUGAAGCCCCAGUGCUCGAUACCACCGCCACCUCAGAGAGGACGAGCAGAAGCAUGUACGUGUUUCAGCGGAAUGUGUGCUCUUCAUCAGCGCAGACUUUCUACAGACUCCUCCGGACAUGUGACGUCCUCUCCUCUCAGCUCGCCCACGUCCCACCGGGGGAUGCAUCCGUCACUGCUCAGCCCAACAUCUUUAGGCCCCUCGGGGUCCCUGCACUCCCCUAUCAGCACUCUGAGCUCGCCCAUGAACGGCCUGGGCUCUCCCUUCUCUGUCAUCAGCUCGCCCAUGGGGCCACAUUCCAUGGGGUCACCAGGGAUGGGCUACGGCCCCAGCGUCAGCCCACAGCUGAACUCGCCCAUGAACUCUGUCAGCAGCUCAGAAGAUAUCAAGCCGCCCCUGGGCAUCAACGGUGUGAUGAAGGUGCCAGCCCAGCCCUCAGGCACCCCCCUCUCCCUCACCAAACACAUCUGUGCCAUCUGCGGCGACCGCUCCUCAGGUAAACACUAUGGUGUGUACAGCUGCGAGGGAUGCAAGGGUUUCUUCAAGAGGACUGUGCGUAAGGACCUGACCUACACUUGUCGAGACAACAAGGACUGUAUUAUAGACAAACGCCAGCGCAACCGCUGCCAGUACUGCCGAUAUCAGAAGUGUUUGGCCAUGGGCAUGAAGAGAGAAGUAUUGUUACAUACAGCCGUCCAGGAGGAGCGCCAGCGAGCCAAGGACCGCAACGAGAAUGAGGUGGAGUCGACCAGCAGCGCAAAUGAAGACAUGCCUGUGGAGAAGAUCCUGGAGGCCGAGCUUGCCGUGGAGCCCAAAACGGAGACUUACAUUGAGACCAACGUACCUAUGCCCUCAAAUUCACCCAAUGAUCCAGUCACAAACAUCUGUCAGGCCGCAGACAAGCAGCUCUUCACUCUAGUGGAAUGGGCCAAGAGGAUUCCGCAUUUUUCAGAGCUCCCGCUGGACGACCAGGUCAUUCUUUUACGAGCAGGAUGGAAUGAGCUCCUUAUUGCUUCAUUUUCACAUCGCUCGAUAGCAGUGAAGGACGGGAUACUGUUGGCCACAGGAUUACACGUGCACCGGAACAGCGCCCACAGUGCCGGAGUAGGAGCCAUAUUUGACAGGGUGCUGACGGAGUUGGUGUCAAAGAUGAGAGACAUGCAGAUGGAUAAAACAGAGCUAGGGUGCCUUCGAGCCAUUGUCCUUUUCAACCCAGACUCCAAAGGCCUGUCGAACCCUGGUGAGGUGGAGGCGCUGAGAGAGAAAGUCUAUGCCUCUCUGGAAGCCUACUGCAAACAGAAGUACCCUGAACAACCUGGCAGGUUCGCUAAGCUGUUGCUGCGGCUCCCUGCCUUGCGUUCCAUUGGACUGAAGUGUUUGGAGCAUCUGUUCUUCUUCAAGCUCAUCGGGGACACACCCAUCGACACCUUCCUCAUGGAGAUGCUAGAGGCGCCCCACCAAAUGACAUAAUGACACAACGCCCGCCUGUCGCCGGGGGUAAAAGGGUCUACCACCCCAAAGGCCCCUGAACACAUGACAGCAUUUGCCAGAGCAGAGGGACUUUCAGAACCACCGCUCAACUCAGCGUUUCCAAUACACAGUCAUGGUGUUAAUGGGUCUGUUUUAUACUUUGUAUAAAGAUAUAAAUAUAUAUAUAUUACACAUAAAGAAAAAAAAAGACGACAAUGGACUUGAAGCCCACAGACAACAGUGGACACCGGUGUAUCAAACUAUCCUUCAAUGGAUAUAUAUGAAAAAAAAAAGAAUAUAUUUGAUCGAGUAAUUGCAGGAAAGUCUUGCGCAAGAUGGUGUAUGUUGGAAUAUAAUGGGUCUUAUGGGAGGGAUCCAGGGCUGUAAUCAGCCUCAUGUGGCUGAUGGAUGGGCCGACUUUAGCAGUCUUGCAUUCGGGAUUGAGGCUGGGCUGGCGUGUCUGGGCGCAUAAAGACUUAUGGGAGAUGAUAAUGAUGGCAAUGUGGGUAAUGAUCUGGGUUUCUAACACAAACAUUGUGUUUUCAGCCCCUGGUGGGAGUUUUUGCGAUUACAAUCCUGCUGCAAUUGCCAUUUUUCCCUCAAGCGGGCUGUUCCUGAUAGAAUGUUCCUGUAAUUACUGUCAUUUAAAAAGUGAGGAACCAAGGGAGGAAUCACAGGCCGCAUUCGUUCUCCCAGCUCACCCCCAGCGUCAUCAGUGGUGGGUAGGAGACACAAUAAGGAUGUAACUUCAGGAUCAGAAAGGAAGGGAUGCCCGAGGUCGCUGUGAGUAGAUCCCAGCAUCUAAUGAGCCACUCGGAGUUUUGGAUUAUGGUCAUUCACACUUUUUCAUUAUGCACUCUAAACAUGAGCUUUUAAAAAUCCAAUCUGCCUGUUCUCAGAGCUCAUGAUGCUGAAACGUGAACAAUGUAAACAAAGGACGCCUAUUGUGGACAUCCAGCCACCUAUUAGUCGCCCACAUGUCCCACUGUGCGUCUCGUCUGUCUGUAUACUAAUUCACCUCAAGUGAUUUUCUGAACUUGUUCGACACUUGUACAGUUUAUUACAACCAAUUCAGUAUUGGUAUCGUUUAUUAUUUUUUUUUUUUUUGAAUGAUUUUUCAAAACGUGUGCCGUUACCUCUCUUUCAGUCACUUUUACCAAGGUAUAUCGAGUCCUUUGUGUCGCCCAUCUCCUCCUGUGUCAGUCAUUUGCACCAGCCGUCUCAUGCAGUCAAGUCUUGCAAGUGUGCGUUAUCAUUAGGAUGUUUCUAAGCACUUAACCUCAUGUUUAAGAUGUUGUGUUGUUUUGAGAGAAUGGAGGUUUGGGGGCCUUUUAUUUUUUUAAGGUAUCAUCUGUUUUUGGGGUUUGUAAUUUGCCGUCUUCAGCAUUUUCUUCUUUUUUUCUGUAUGCUGCUGCUGCUGCUGCUGCUAAACUAUGCAUUUAGCAUUUCCCCCCCCCAAAGACUGUCCAUAGUGAGGGUGAUUUUCAAAUUCUGGCAAUGAAAGACCACAUGUGAACAAGGUUAGACCGCCAGGCCCAAGAUUCGGGUCUCCAGCAGUUCGUAGAGAGAUAUUGGGGGGUUUUCAUAGACGAGAGUGGAGCAGUACUGGUAGGGAAUACUGAGGCAAUGGGAGAGCUGAGACUUCCACCUAGUGGUGGAGAUGCAGCACUGCAACAUUACUUGAAUUUUGUACAAGUAUUUAAUCAGAGAAAAAAUGGCACUUUUACGUGAUAUUAUCAAUGUUUGUUUUUGUUUGAGUGCAGUCUUACAAGGGUCUUCAGCAAUAGCAUGAUUUUAGAUCACUCAAGAUGGUUUAUCUAGAGUGAAGUCGAACCAACUUCAGUCAGUACUGUUUAUUAGGACGCCUCUCUACAAUUACUUACCCUCGUUUUAUGUUGGUUUUUUUUUUUUUUUUUUUUUUUUGUGGCUUCACCAGACUUUUUAAUAGAUAAAUAUUUUGGAUCACCAGUAUCUUGAAGCCAUAUGCAGGUUUGUGAGAUCAAAAUGAAAAACUUUCUCCUGUAGGAAAUGGAGUAAUGCAGAAGUGAUAAACUAGAUAGAAUUAAUACAUACGCAAAUGCUUUAUAACAUAAAGCUAUAUUUUGUCUAUAUGUAAAUGUGUGUAUAUUUCUAAAUAUGAAAGUAUAUAAAUCCAUUCUUUAAAUGUUUCCAGACAAUGUUAGUAAGGGAGCGAAUCGUUUUUCUUAAAUUGACUAAAACCAGGCCUAAUUGCACUGUUAUAUUCUCAGAUGCUAGAAAUGUUUUAAUUGCUGAAGCUUAUGUGUUCAGCCUUGAAUAACACAUACAUAAAAAUAAAUAAAUAAAGCAAAGAAAACAGAAAAUUUUAGACUAAUACCAGCAGUUCAAGAGCCCUAAGAAAAGAUCAUACACCAGCUCCUUGGUAGAUGAAUUAAAUUUUGUUCACAAAACCUCAAAUGUCUGGAAUGAAAAGAUCUAAGGAAACCUAUUGUUUAGCCACUUGUUCCCUGUUUAAACGAGUGAGGAUAAACUUUGACCCUGACAGUCACAGCUUCAGUCAUCACAGAGACUUUAAAAAAAAAAAAAAAAAAAAAUCUUUGAAAAUUAUAGGGGGGAAAAAUCUAUUUUUGUACAAAUGUAAUUUUAUCCCUUGCUUAUAUAUCCUCCCUUCCUUUCCUCUUUCUGUGGGCUGUUGUAUACAUUGUGUAAAUGUUGAUUUGAAGUGGGAAAAUUCAAAUCGGAGCAUUUGAAAGGGAGUGUGUAAAGGGUGACGUCAACUCUGACACCUUCACCAUUUUCACCUCUACUUUGCCUUUUGGUUUCCUUCUUUUGCCAUCUCAAAGAGAAGGAUUGUCCUCUCAUCAUAUUUUGUCUUAUUUUUAAGGAAAUUAAAAAAGUCAUCUGUUCUACUUUGUGAGUUCUUUGAUGUUUUGUCUUUCAAUCAAAUUAAACGUCUAAUUAAAAAUGA